AAAUGGUACCCUCUUUAGUAAAACGACUUUUUCCUCUUUUCUUUGAAGGCACAAAGUGGCGACAGGAUGUUGGAGCUGCCGGCCCUCGGGAGACCGAUGCAACUUGGAAUGCUCUACGACUGUCGAAAUGACACCCUUAUUCCUGGCUUUACACUGUGGGACCCGGAAGUAUUAAAGAAUGACCGUGACGUCCGCAACCAACAGGGGACUCACUUCAACGUCAUUACGUCAGAUAGCAUUAAUGACAAAUCGUCGGCCCUGAGCAUUGAGGCUUCUCUGAAAGCUAGUUUUAUGGGCGGUCUGGUUGAGGUGAGUGGUGCUGCCGACUACAUCAAUGACAAGAAGACGACUAGUCGACAAUCCCGCAUAACACUUCAAUACAAGACCACGACUAGGUAUUUGAAGAAUGACGAAAGCAACCAGCAUGUGGAUGGGCACGUGCAUGCCAUCAUCAAGAAAAUCCCAAGCAUCAGUAUUAAAAGUGAAGGUGAUAUGACGCUCACUGAAAUCGAGAAAGAAGAAGUUGACAAACUUCAGUGCAAGUUCUAUGGUGAUUUUGCGCCUAAGAGCAACCCUGCGAGCUACGAAGAGGCUGUAUUUAUGUACACCCAGCUGCCAUCAAUGUUGGGAGAUAACGGAGAGCUCGCUGUACCUCUUAUGGUAUGGCUUCAUCCAUUGUCGAAGUUGGACAGCAAGGCAGCAAAACUGUUCCGAGAAAUAAGUGUGAACAUAAUUGGACAAGUCCAUGACAUACUCGAGGGUUUCGAUCAAUGGAAGACAAGAUGUGAUGAUAUGGUAAAAAACAACCUCUGCACGGACUUCCCGAAAUUCACGGAGAAGCUGAACAUCUUUAAGAAAUUGCUAAUUGAAUUUAAGCAGGGUUUCCAGCAGAAGAUCGCUCGAGCACUCCCACAAGUUCGUGGAGGUGAUGCAGUAGAACAGGUGCUGAUAGACAUCGUUUCUGACUGCCUGAAAUCUCCUUUCAAUUCGCGACUGGUGGAACACUGGCUGAAAUGCAGAGAAAAGGAGAUGAACAUCGUAAAAACCUUCAUGAAAGGUUUGGCCUCUAUCAGAGUCAUUAAAUCUCGGGAAGACCUGGAUGAACUGCUAUUAGAUUUAUCCGUCGAACAUGUAGUUGCGUUUUCUUUCUCUUCAUUGGGGAAAGAAGAUGAGUAUCUAAAGGCACUGACACGUUUCAUUUGGACUCAAACAGCAGAGUCAUAUUCACCGCAGAAAGAAUGGUUUGACAACGUGGCAAUGUCAAAGAAUAUGAGAAUGAAAGCCAAACAGUUCAAUGAGUUUGCAAAUGUGAAUAGUGCGUCGGAGAAUACAGUCUUUGUCAUAAUGGGCUUCAAUGAUGGCGAAGAAUCAACCGCCGAAGGUGGCUCACUCUUUCACUACGAACAUGGGGUCCUUACCACAAAGGACUUUGAACCCCCUGGUGUGCCUGGAAAACCAGAAAUUCCGAAGAUAUGCCAUGAUUCUGCAAUGAUCAAAUGGGCAGCACCACAGUCAGGGCUUUCAUGCAUCCAAUGUUACCAUGUGAAGUACAGAGAAACGUCACCAACACAGGAUCCUAUAUGGCGUGAGUUCAGGACAGAUGCUACAGCUACUCUUGCAACCGUCCCAAAUUUAAAGGCAAACACCACGUACGAAUUCUCGGUAGCAGCGAUUUGUGAGGUUGGGCAUUCUCAGCUUGGUGCAGUUAGUGAGGUUGCUACAACCCUUCCUACGAGCCCUCCAUAUAAUGUGCGAAAGAACCAAAUGUCCGAGGUUAGCAUAACUGUGGUGUGGAAUAAGCCUGAUGUGAUAGGUAAAGGCGUGAAUGUGAUAAGAUACAGGGUGAGUUAUGUCCCGUCAGCUGACACCGAUCCAGAUCACAUCUUGCUAAAUGAAACUGACGGAGAUGUUUGUUUGUGCACAUUAGAAGACCUGGAUCCAGGAACUACUUACAAAGUAUCAGUCUCUGCUCUCUGUGGAACAGCCAAUGACAGCGCCUUUUCUAAACCCGUAGAAAUAACUUCAGUAUCUGCAGUAAACCAACGCAUGAGAAAUUUCAGGGAGCUGAUAGAGAAGUGCCAUACACUGAAGAUAGGGGAUCAUUCGAAAGGGGAACCAUCUUUGUACAAGUUACCUCUGACCAAAGGAAGACAUGGUGCACGCAGUAAAUACCAGACAUACUACAUCGGUCGAAUGAAAAAUGAAGCAAAACGACAUUUUGUUGCCAUGGUUUUAGGAGCGACAGGAGCAGGAAAGAGCACUCUAAUCAAUGGGAUGAUCAACUAUAUCUUUGGCGUUGAAUGGAAUGACGACUUUCGUUUCAAGAUUAUUGCAGAAGAAGGGGAGAACAAGGCUGGUGGCCAGGCACAGAGCCAAACACAGAUGAUCACAUCGUACACGAUCAACCCAACCAAGUGGUCACAUCUGGACUUCAGACUGACGAUAAUUGACACACCAGGAUUCGGUGAUACGAGGGGUAUCGCAAGAGACAAAGCCAUCGUUGAUCAAAUUCGUGACUUCUUCUCAGAUUCAUCCCUUCACCACGUGGACCAUAUUGAUGCCAUUGGCUUUGUCACUCAAGCAUCCCAGGCAAGGUUAACACAUACUCAGAGGUAUGUGUUUGAUUCCGUCUUGGCAAUAUUUGGCAAGGACAUUGAACAAAAUAUUAUGCUGCUAGUGACAUUUGCUGAUGGACAGAAACCUCCUGUGAUAGACGCUAUCAAAGCAGCCAAGAUUCCAUGCUCGAACAAUAUGUUCAAAUUCAACAAUUCUGCUUUGUUUGCUAAUAAAUCUGAUGUUGAUCAGUGUUCAGCUGGCAAGAGUAGCUACGAUGUCGGGAGUAAUGUUGAUAACAUGGAAGAAGGAAUGGACGAUUGCUUCGACAAAAUGUUCUGGAAGAUGGGCGUCCAAAGCAUGCGGCGUUUCUUCUUCGCUUUGAGCCAGAUCGAACCAAAAAGCCUUUCACUCACACAAGAAGUCCUUACGGAACGCCAGCGUUUGGAAGUAGCCGUGGAGGGUCUACAGCCACAGAUCCAGAUGGGAUGUGGCAAGCUUGAUGAGCUGCAAGAGGAGCAGCGGAUUCUGGAGCAGCAUGAGGCGGAAAUUGAGGCAAAUAAGGAGUUUGUGUACGACGUGGAAGUUCAGAAAAGUGAGAAGAUUGAUAUUACUGGAGAAUAUAUCACCAACUGUUCUCGCUGUCAUUUCACCUGUCACUACCCAUGUUACAUUGGUGAUGACUCUAAAAAGUUCAACUGCGCAGCCAUGGCGGAGAACGGAACAUGUAUAUCAUGUCCUGGCAAAUGCGUUUGGAAAGUACACUUUAAUCAGGCAUACAGAUUUGAAUAUUACACUGAGAAGGAAACUCGGACAUAUGCAGACCUUGAAAGUCGUUACAACGACGCAACUGGAAAGAAACUAACUGUGGAACAAGUUGUCAAAAAACAUCAGGAAGAAUUCGUUAGCGUACAGGAAUGUGUGUAUCGUCUAAUCACUGACUCACACAGGAGCCUCAAACGUCUAGAAGAAAUCGCAUUGAGGCCGAAUCCUCUCAGUACAUUAGACUAUGUGGAUAUCUUGAUUGAGGCGGAACAACUAGAAGCUAAACCAGGAUGGAAAAACCGUGUUAAGUCUUUGCAGGACGUGCGCAAGGGAGCAGAAAUCAUGUCCAAAAUCAAGCAAGCGAAUUACAAUCCCUUUCAGCAUUACCAGCAGCACUUCGGCGUAAAAGGAAAGAAGAAGAAAGGAGUAUUUGCAACCUUUUGUGAGUUUGUUUCAGGACCAUUUCGAAGUGGUAGUGGUGGUCACACUGGUGUUUGAUUUGAGUAUAUUCAGUCGUUUCUAAACAUAUGCACAUAAUGAUUGCAAACGUACUAACAUGAAUGAAACGUUCACGGUAAAACUUAAAUGGUGCUCAUCCGCUUAUUUUUUCUGUUGACCUUGGUGACCAUAAUUAUAUGGCGUACGUGUAGAUACUAUUUGUCUCUAAUCUCUCUCUCGAUCAGUAGUAAAAGAGAGCCUUUUCAAAUGACAAUCUACUUGAAUUCACUGCUGCAAAUUAAACAAGGGAUUGUUUUAAAAAAAUGUACGACGUGUGUAUGAAAAUUCUGAUUAAGUUAUUUUCUAAAAGUAGUUCAAAUAACUGUAAUUUAUAAUUGAUGAAAGCAGUGGAACAUUAUAUUUCUCACAGAAUAAUAAUUCUCCAUGUGUUAUUCAAACUACUGUAGUCGAUAAUUUCCUUGAUUUUGACAGAGUGUGAUAAUUCUUUUUUAUAUAUGUACUUCAUUACAACCCAGAUUUGUCUUUGGCACUGGCACAGGUUUGCAAAUAGGCAUAUGGCUGAUUUUAAAAAAAGCCAUCAUUUUAGAUAUCUCUAGGAAAGUAAAUUACUGAACUUUUGAGAAUUUAUGUCGUUCAAUACCCUAAAACUGCCUUACCCAACAUUCAUGAACUUGGAGCCCCAUUACUCGGGAACACAAGUUGAGAAAUGAAAACCAAUGUCAAGCAGUUUUACAAGGUUGAUAUUACCAAAAAAAAUGUGUUGCAUUGAGUCUUAGCGUCCCUCUGCGAAAUGAGUUAGGGCCUUUUCGCACGUGAAUAUUGAAUCAUCAUUGUAAUGAUGAUCGCAAAUCGUCUUUAGAAUCAUCGGACCUUUCACACCGUAUUUCGUAACGUAAUAUUAGUGAAACUUAAAGGUCAAGUCCACCCCAGGAAAAUGCUGACUUGGAAUAAAUAGAAACAAAUCAAACUAGCAUAAUGCUGAAAAUUUCAUCAAAAUCGGAUGUAAAAUAUGAAAGUUAUGACAUUUUAAAGUUUCGCUUAUUUUUCACAAGACAGUGAUAUGCACAACUAGGUGAGUCAGUCGAUGAUGUCCUCCACCGACUAUUUCUUUUGUUUUUUAUUGUUUGAAUUAUACAAUAUUUCAUUUUUUAUAGAUUUGACAAUGAGGACCAACCUGACUGAACCAUAUAGUAUUAAACAAUGCUAAUUCCACAUGUUCAGGGGGGAACUAAUCUUUGUUUCACUUGACAAUGAGGAGAAAAUUAGAAAAUAUCAUAUUUCAUAUAAUACAAUACAAAAGAAAUAGUGAGUGGAUGACGUCAUAGUCUCCUCAUUUGCAUACCAGCCAGGAUUGCAUCGUUAGGGUGUUUGUAUAUAUAGUGAUAAAUGAAGGUUAGAUGUUUAGCCCAUGUUCAACUAUACCUAAUGUGAUUAUAAUCUACUGUCAUUGUGCCUGUAGUAAUCGUGGCUAAUAUAAGUGUUGAGAUAAUUCAUAACAAUAUUUGCGACUAAACUUUCCCGACACAAAUUGUACAUUCCUGCUGUGUAUAUAGAUUCAACGUUUUAGUAUCACCUGUUUAUGAUUCUAUUAAAAUAUAUCGAUAAUGACAAUUUGUAUAGAUUAAAACAAACUAUCAAACUUUAUCUUAGGUUUAGCAUACUGAUGGACGAUGUUGGAAUAAACUCACGUGGAUCAAAAGGUGAUAUGUAAAGAUAGUACGAUAGCAACCAUAGCCUAUAUUAUGAAGUUAUGUGUAGAUUGUAGAUCACUUAAGAUUUAUUUUCCUUGGUUAAUCGAAAAUCAAUUUUCAGCUAUAAUAAUGAUGAUUAUCCAUCAAAUCAAAUUCAAAACACUUGCCCACAUAGAUUCAAAAUUAUCUAUUUACAUAAUAAUUUUUAUUCAUUUGUUCUCUUGUUUUCAAAUGAACACUUAAUUGCAUACAGAAUUAUAAAAACAGUAUUGUCAGUCUUCCAUGUCUGAGAUAUUUACGAUUAAAUCGGUUGAAAAAUUAAUUAAUUAGAGCACUUGUGCUACAUUGAUCAUGACUUCGAAAAUAACGUACCUUGAUUUGUAAUGAGAUAGGAAUAUUUCAAUGUACGAUGGUGAUCAUUUACAUUUUAAAAAAAUCUUGUUUAUCGUACAUGUAUUCAAACCAUUCAAAUGUAUUUCCGCAAAAAGUAACUUGUUCAGCAUGUUCAGGUAUGAAAUAAAUUUUAGAUUUUGUUUUCAUUCUAUGUUCUGGAGUUACCAAUCAAUAAUUGUCAUGAUUAAAUGACAUGAAUGACGUGAUUUCAUUCUCUCAAUAUAUCGCUUUGGUAAUGUGAACACAAGAUUACUUUCCAAGAAGAUCAUUUCAGUAUUGUUCAUGUAAAUUCAAGGAGUUUAUGUAAGAAUUUUGAUACUUGUCAAGAAUUGCUCUCUUCUGUUGAAUAUGAAUAUAGUCUUUUAUGUGUAACUGAAUCAUGGCUGAAUGACAAAUCUCCAGAUUUAUUUAAUAUCAGUGGUUAUUUACUUCUUCAUGUUGAUAGAAAUGAUAUGAAAGGUGGUGGUGUUGCUAUAUAUAAAAGAAUCUUAUCAUUUUUUUAUUAGGAAAGACUUACAAUUUGUGAGUAAUAGCGCCGAAUCAUUAUUUGUUGAAGUUGAAAACUGUGAUUCCAAAAAUUCUGUUAUAGGUGUUGUUUAUCGACCGCCCCACUUAAAUAUUGAAUCCUUCUUCGUUGAUAUAGAUAUUAUUCUUCAUAAAUUUACGACCGAAAAUAAAAAUAUAUAUUUAUCUGGUGAUUACAAUAUUGAUAUUCUGAAUAUUAACAAACAAAGCCAAACGUUCGUCAUUGUAUUGAAUUCGUAUGCAUCAUAUCCUUUUAUAUAUAGAUAAACCGACACGUGUAUCUGCUGUAAGUUCUUCUUUAAUCGAUGAUAUUUUUUCCAACAGUGACAAGCAACAUAUUUCAUCUGGUAUAUUAUAUUCUGAUGUUUCUGACCAUCUCCCUAUAUUUAUAAUCACUACACUUGGACAAAGUCCAAAGCCUGUUACAAAUAAUAAUUAUAUUCGAAAGAUGUCUCCUGAGAAUAUGCAAAGUUUUAUAACCGAACUUGAAGCCGAAUCUUGGGUUGAUGUUUUAUCCUGUAAUGAUGUUGAUACAGCAUAUAACUUAUUUAUUGAUAAAUUGCAUUGUUAUUUAAACCAUACAAUUCCAAAAGUUAGGCAAAAAGGUCAUCAAAAACUCCCAGAAAACCAUGGAUUACUUUUGGGAUUGUAAAGUCAAUUCGAAAAAGAAACAAACUUUAUAGUUUGAAGAAUCCUUCAUCUGAAAAUAUUAGUAAAUAUAAAAGAUAUAAAAAUGUUUUAACAUGUAUUAUUAGAAAUGCAAAGAAAACAUAUUAUUCACAAAAAUUUGAAAAUGCUAAAGAAGAUAUGUCAGCCACUUGGAAAAAUAUAAACGAAUUAUUAGGGAAAGCAAAGGAUGUAAAUUUAAAUCAUAAAUAUUCACAUGGUGAUUUUGUAUAUGAAUCAUUAGAUGAUACUGUUAACGGUUUUAAUGAUUAUUUUGUUAAUGAUGGGCAGGAAUAAGCAUUAAAAAAACCACAACUAAUUUUGCAGAUUAUCUACACAAUUCAUGCCAAUAUACAUUGUUUUUUAAUCCAACAAAGUCUGAGGAAAUAUUCAAAAUCGUAAACAAUCUUAAAAACAAUCGUUCUUUUGGACAUGACGAGAUCAGUAACUACCUCCGUAAAAAAUUAUAUUAACCAUCAUAACACCUUUCGUUCAUAUAUGUAAUAUUUCAAUGUCAACUGGAAUUUUUCCACUUCAUAUGAAAGUUGCAAAAAUCACUCAAAUUUAUAAAAAGGACGAUCGGACACUUAUUGAGAAUUAUCACCCUAUCUCUGUUCGUCAUUUUCUAAAAUACUUGAACGUCUUGUUUACAAUAUACUAGUUUCAUUUUUGUCAUUACAUAAUUUAUUAAAUCCAUCCCAAUAUGGUUUUCGCAAAUUUCAUUCUGCUGAUUUAGCUCUUGUUGAUCUUUAUGAUAAAAUUUCUUAUCUUUUAGCAAAAAAAAAGAACAUGUAAUUUGUGUUUUCAUGGACUUAAGUAAAGCGUUCGACACCCUGGAUCAUUAUAUACACAACAACAAAAGUAAGUCCCCCCUAAAUCAAAUUGCUGUAACUUUUGAACGGAAUAAUUUUGAAAUAUGAUAUUUCGUAGGUGGUUUUCCUUCACUUAUUAAGCAACUCCUGGGGAAAUAUGAGAUUGAACGGCUGUGUCAUGCAUGAGUAAUCAAAGAUUGAAUUAAAAAUGACAAUUUUUAAAAGUCACAAGAGUCGUUUUUCAGAUUGUGUAAAUACAAACUUGGGCAAAUGUUGUUUCUAAGUAAAUUUGUUGUUAAUGCUGUUUUACUAUCCAUCAUUUAGCCACUUCACCCAAAAUUUUGAGAUCGUAUGUUUAUGGUUGAGUGAGCACAAUGUUUUGUGACGUAUCAUCAUAGGGGUUUAUGGCAGUAUCCCCUACAACUUGUUAAAACAUGGAAAAUUGGAAAAUGUUGGUGGCCUUCCCAAAAUUGUUUAUAUUGUCAUUUGUUCUAGAAUUAACAAUUAUUAUUAUUGUUGUACUUUAAUGUCAUAUUGUCACUAAUAACUUGUUUUUGAUGGCUGCAAUAUGAAUUCCUAUCUAAUUCGUUUAUUGGAACAAAGAGUCAACAUUAUUUUCAUAUCUAUGGACGACACAAAAUUGUUGUCAACCCCAAUUAUAGAAAUAAGCAUAAGAUUUACCUGUAAUGAUAUUAUUAUUGAUGUCGCGGGAAAGAAUGGAUUUAAGGUAGUGUAAUCCUUUAUUUGUUUUCAUUAUAAGUCAAGUCACUGAAACUCUAUAUCCAAAUUGUAUUCUUUAUAGUAAAUGUAAAAUUGCUAAACUAUUCAGUUUAUGGAGAGGCACGAAUGAAAAUAAAAUGUGACAGAAUCACUUCAGAUGGAUAAUUUUUUGAACAAACUUUAAAUAUUAAAUAUCAAUAUAAGCUUUA